AAUUAGCCGCGCAGCAUCUACUGGCCAGAGCUGCAGUAACGGCAACCUUUUGCUGAAAAUCGCAAACGAUACAGCGCACAGUUCUUUGUUGCAUGCGGCAACAAACGGUUGUAUGCUCCCGAAAAACGCUUAGUUAAAAGAAAUUGAAACGCGGAUGCGCUUAGGCACACAGCGCAAUUUUAUAAAUUGAAUUGUUUUCGAAUUAAAGUACGCGCAAAUCAGCAGCGCACGAAGACCUGCUGCUUACGCUUCGGUUGAAGUGUUUCCAUUUGAACGCAAUGUGUAGAACACAAAUCCUUCUCGGCGUCGCGCUUCUCGCCACUUGCAGCAGUUAUGCCAAUGCGCAGGAGUACGGCGCGGAUCUUGAACUGCAGGCGCGUGAUCGCCGUAGCUUGGAUGUUGGCUGGCUGCUGCGCAAUCUGUUGCUUAACAGCGCCACAGCAAGCGAUAUGAAGGCGAACGCUACGCGCAAUAUUGCCGCGGCGCAACGUGCACCACCGCCUCCGCCACCUACAACUAGGCGUCCAAGGCCUACAACUACCACUCCGCCUCCAAGACCGCCGCCACCACCACCACCGCCACUCAAUCCGUUUUUCAACAAGUUUGCCUUAUUUGCCAGUUCGUCCAAUUUAUUUACGCCACCGCCACCACGCUCUACAACUACAACAACCACUACUACAACAGAGGCUCCUACGACAGCGCCGCCACCACCUCCACCGCGACGUCCGCGUCCGCGGCCGAAACUACGCCCAACGCAUGGCUACGAUUUCGAAUACUAUUAUCCGUCUGGGUUUGAUGGCUUUGCAGAGCGUGGUGGUCCGCGCGCUGAACCUUCUGUAUACGAUUUCGAAGAUGCGCCUGCUCCUCAGCCGCAACCGCCGCCUCCUCGGCCAUCCGCACCGCGCAAGACGGGUCGAAAUCGUCAAAGGCCAGCACCUCCAGCGCUAGCGCCAACACAGCCUCCUACGCUGCCACCAGUUAGGCGUCGUCCAACAGCACCUCCAGCGGCUCCAGCACCGCCACCACAACAACCACAGCGCGCCCGAGUGCUGUAUCAGUACGCACAGCGAGACGAUACCUCCUUCAAUGAUAACAACAAUGAUGCAGCCGAACCACCCGAACCCGCACCAGAAGAAGCAGACUUUCAGCAACAGGACGAUAACAACAAUGGGGGGCAAGAUGGCGCUGAUACCGCCAACGGAGCUGAGGAAGGCGACGAUGCAAUUGAUGGGGAUGAUACUGCCGACGGAGGAGAUAAUGAAAUUCCCAGUUUCGAUAUUAGCGCGCCACCAACCGGGGAGCUAUCGCCGCGUGUACCUUCAUUUGGCCGUCGCCCUUAUCCGAAGGCGCCGUCACCGCCAGCUUACGAUUCACCAUCGUACUAUGGCUCCGAUUCGCCGUCUGCACAACGCUUCAGUUCUUUCGGCACUGGGACCGGGAGUGGCGGCUUGGGAUUCGGCAGCACUUCCUUCGGCUUCAAUCAUGCUAGUCCUGUUAAGCGCAACCAUCAGUUCCGUGAUGCCUUCUCUGAUUUCCAUACAACCUACCACGGUGAUCACUUUCAGCCGAGCGCCUUCAGUUCAUUUAAGUAGCACUUUAACUGAGAAAUACUCUUAGAAUUUUUAAGAGAUUUUGUAAAAAAA